GUUGUAGUCCAUAAUGAGUCUCGCGUUCCUUCACGCUCUCGAUUGUCAAGAACCCCACUCCGAUGCCAUCUGGGGAAUAAAAUGGACACCCACAUCCGACACCGCAAUUUCCAUCUCUGCUGACGGAACCGUCAAACGAUGGGACUCAUCCUCUGGCCAAGUCCUCCGCUCGCUCGCGCCCCAUCCACUCGCUAUCGUUUCGCUCUCCACUUCUCCAGAUGGUAAACGGGCAUUAUAUAACACGAUCGAGGGACUGACCGGGCUGUGGGACGUGGAGAGUGGGGAGGUGCUGGGAAAGUGGGAGAGUUAUGCGCGGACUGGAGGCGAGGCGACCGAGCCAUCAUGGUCCGUGUCCUUAAACCCAACAGGAGCUUCGUAUGCCUCCACCGGCAGCUCAGGAAACGUCACCAUCCAUUCCGCCACUCCGGACUCUUUCGGUCAAAAACUCGCUACGUUGUCUAGCGGAAGGAGUAAGUUCGGCAUGCGAUGUAGUCAUAGUCCAGAUGGUAGCAGAGUCGCGCUCGCCGCUGAAUCGGGCCAAAUCUACAUCUUCGACCUUGCAUCGCAGGCUCUAACCGUCACCUACACCUCACAUGCAAUGGCCGUUCGCUCCCUCGCUUGGUCGCCGGACUCGCAGCUCCUGAUGUCAGCGUCAGAAGACAAACGGCUCAUCCUGCACGACGUCCGUACCUCCUCCGCCUCCGGCAAACCAGGUUCAGGAGCCGUAGCCUCCUUCUCUGGUCACUCCAGCUGGGUCCUCAGCACUGAUAUCUCGCCGGAUUCGAGGUUGGCUUUAUCUGGCUCCGCCGACAAAACCAUCAAAGUAUGGGACCUCGCCGCCCGCGCCGCCGUCUCGACUAUCCAGGAUACCGACCAGGUCUGGUCUGUCUCGUGGAGACCGCAGCCUGCGGCGAAUGGCUCUGCGGGUGCGUUCGUUAGCGGUGGGGAGGAUGGGGUAGUGAGGUGGUGGAGGAGCGCUGGGGCGGGUUGAGAUUGCGGUGGGAUAUGUGGGCGUGUCUCGGGAUUUGGGGCGCCCGGUGCAUAGAAACCGCUGAGGAAUGAGGGUCGUUCGAGAUCGCGGUCGAGGUCGUGGUCGGAGGUCGAGGGAUUUUUUUUCUUGGAAGCAUGGGUGGACGGCACGAAGACACGAUCAGGCGAUCGGACAUUGUGUGUAAUUACGGUAUGGGUACGUGAAUUCCCGACAUUGUCCUUGGGCUUCCUGUGCGCGCAUCGUCUUCUAUUAGUGCCUUUCCA